CGUUUUUUGGUUUCGUCUCUUUUUUUUGUUUCGUCGCUCGGCUUUUAAAAACCGUCUCCUGCCAGGACUCUCUCUCUCAACACCUCUUAGGACUCUCUCUCCCGACACCUAUUGACGCCGGUUCUCUCUGCCUCCCUCCCUCUCUGGCUCUCUCCCCAAUUGAUACAACAAGCGUCGAAUUUACAGAAUCGCAGAUGUUGAUGCAAAUUGAUGGCUUAGUAAAAAGGGUUACAACUCUUGGACGAUCUGUAUACAGUAAUUUCAGCUUUGAAAAUGAAGUUGAUGCUUUGUGGAAAGCUGGUGUUAGAGAGAAGAAUGAAGAGGUUGCUGCUAGAGGAAAGAAAUUUUUGGACUGGUUCAGACUGCAGUCACUAGCCUUCGAGAUAGUGCAGCUAGCAGGACCAACAAAUAUAAUAAUUCUUGUUCCCGUGCCUUUUGUGCUUUUGAAUCUACAGAUAGAAAAUGAAGUUGAUGCUUUGUGGAAAGCUGGUGUUAGAGAGAAGAAUGAAGAGGUUGCUGCUAGAGGAAAGAAAUUUUUGGACUGGUUCAGACUGCAGUCACUAGCCUUCGAGAUAGUGCAGCUAGCAGGACCAACAAAUAUAAUAAUUCUUGUUCCCGUGCCUUUUGUGCUUUUGAAUCUACAGGGAUCCAUUUCAAUGAGUAAGACAUUGCACAAGACAACAUUUUGUUUCGUUCGCACUCACUUGGCCUCUGGACAAAAAGAGGGAGACGAGGUGAAAAGAAAUAUGGAUGUCAUGGAGAUAUUAAAGAAAACCAGAUCUCCUCGUUUACGUGGAGUUCCUGGACAACCAAUGCCUCUUAUAGCAUUUUGGAUUAUGAAUUAUACAACUCCAAAAAGCUGAAAUUAAGGAGCCAUAAGGACAGAAUCGCAAGAAUGGAAGUUGACAUGAAUUUAGUUGAUCCUCCCAAACUGGAGCUGCAGAAAGCAGAGCAGAAGCACAUAAAUUGAUUGAAGCAAGGCAGUAACUUCUCACUAAUGUGCGGAUAUGACACCGGAUUUUUAGAGACACAUCAUUUCGUGCUUGGUAAUCGGGAUAUUUGACGCUAGGCAGUAUUAGCAAGAGCUCAAGCUGGAGCUUACAUGGUUUAGUUAGAGCCUUCUUUUCAUUAGAAACUAUGUGAAGGUGGAGAGUUACUAGAUCGGAUUUUGUCAAGGGGUGGAGGAUAUGCAGAGGACGACGCUAAAACCAUUAUUGUGCAGAUACUAAGAGUGGUUGCUAUCUGUCAUCUACAAGGGGUUGUGCACCGUGAUCUGAAACCGGAGUCAAGGUGAAAAGCACACAGAAAUUCACUUUAUCCUCUCUGUUUGUACCGUCAGUCACUCCCAACCAAGCUCCUAACUUAAUCAAUUGGCAGAACUUUCUUUUCGUAGCAAGAGACGAGGAUGCCCCAUUAAAGAUCAUAGAAUUUGGCCUAUCUGAUUUCAGCAGGCCAGGUAUGUUGCUCAUUUAAGUUGUCUUCUUGUCUGGUUUAUUUUUUUGUAGACCUCAUACGACUACUUACCACAGAAGAAAUCACAUUGUAAUUUAGUAUCUGUUUGUAUGUAAUAUAUGUUUAUAUAUAGUUCCUUAGACUCGCAACCUCCUGGAUUGUGUAUAGUCUAGUGAUAUAUCCACUGGCCAUGACUACUGUGUCCGGAAGUUGUUUGAAGCAAAUAAAGGAAAUAUACCAUGGAAUAAAGGCAGGAAACAUACUCCAGGUAGAUAACAACAUUAAUAAACUUGAAAUCAAAAUUAGAGUAUAUUAGAAUUGUUAUGCCAUUUGUCAUUUUUAUAAAUAACCUCUGUUGCAUUUAUAGACAUUUAUAGAAACACUACGGAAGAUCAGAGAGAAGACUAGGCUUGCAAUGCAGAAUCCUAAGGUGGUGAUGUCAUGUAAGAAUAAUAUUGUUACACAAUAACUGCAAAAAACAUGAAAAUCAUAUAUACUAUCUGUUAAAUCUUCAACUUUGCUGAGAAGAACUAAUUUGCCAAAUUACUGAGAAGAACUAAUUUGCCAAAUCUUCAAAAUACUAUAUCUGUUACUGGACUCUUCAAUUUUGCUGUUGCAAUUCAGUGCAGAAUAGGACAGGACAUGAAUGUGGUUGUGUGGUAUGAUCGGCACGGAUAAGGAACUAGUAUACCCAUAUCCUGCAUCCUUUAGUAACAUAGUGUUUACUUAAUGUAAUGGCAUGAAAUUAGAUUGUAUAUGCCACCAAGUUUACAGAUUUAUAUUUCCAUAAUAGUUGCUGGUUAUGAUUACAAAUAGGUCUCUGCUAUGGCCAUAUAAUUAUGUUUUUCAAGUGCGCAGAUUUUUAGUAUUUUAUAAUAAAAAUCAGUUAGGAGUUGAUUGUGGCUUCAUAAUUGUAAUUCUUAUUUAAAUUCUUCUUGUUUUUAUUGUAUCUUAGGUCCUUUUUUCUGUAAAUGAUCACCAGCCUAUCAUCAAAAAUUGAAAGUACUACAAUUGAUGAUACACAUGGACCAUGCAUAAAAUUUACUCCCUAAUAUUGUUGCAGUCAAAAGGAUAUGAAGUUACUAUAAUGUUAAUUUUCACUAGCCAAUAUUUUUACUUUUAUUACCUUCCGUUUGUAACCUUCUGUUGUUUUAUAUUUUUCUGUAUAACUGCCUUCUAACAAUUAAAAUAUGUUGUAGUUCUAGGACUAAACAAUAUGUUAUUGGCAUAUGAGAAUAAAGCAGCCUAUGCAUUAUCUGUUUUCUCACUUGCUCUUGGACCAAACGACUAGCCAAUUAGGAGGGACACCGGUAUCCAUUUGGAUAAACACUUUUUAGUGUGUUAAAAGACUCUUUUUCAUGUUUAUACAUGCGGGACUGGCCUUAACAUUUUAGGCUCAAAUGCUUAAGGAAGAAAAGCACAAGAUUUCUCAACGCGCUAGGCCUCUUGUAUUGGACAAAGAUCAUAUUGCUGAAACUUAUUGCUGCACUGUUAUUACUGUUAGCUGAGUUGACCAUGUUUUGCGUUUGUUGUAAAGUAUCGAUAAUUUGUUUUUGGUUUUUAUAUUUGGUUUCUGCAACUAGGACACUUUGUAUUUUAAUUGCUUAAAAAGCUUUAGAAUAUAAUUUAUGGUGAGAUCUCGAUCGAGAUGUUUGUUAA